UUUGCUGGAUUCAGUGACAGGCUUGUUCCUGGAAUGUUGGUCGCUUCCUUAUUCCCAAGAACCAUCGCUUCAAAUUUUCCGGGAGCUGUAUAUGUUUCGCAAAUGUUGCAGUUCAAGUUGCCAGUGUACAUUGGAGAGGAGAUAGUUGGUGAAAUAUGUGCAACAAAUAUCAAGGUUCUGAAAGCAAAACAUGUGGUCAAAUUUUUCACCAAAUGCUUCAAACGUGAUGGCGCGCUUGUUAUUGAUGGCGAGGCCCACAGCGAUCCUGCGGAGUCUGAACAAAGAACUAGCUCGACAGUGACUGUCGAGCUGAAGAACAAAAAAUUAUUUCUUGUUUAA